CAGGGUUCAACUCCUCGUCGUCGCAGAACGCUGCUGUGAGGCUGGUUCCGUGGCGUGCGAAGGGAGAAAAGGGGAAAAGAAAGGAAAGGAAAAAAAAAAAAAGAGAAACCAGGAAAGGGAGCAAAGCCGCAGCUACUUAAAACAAUCCUAAGAGGAGCGGGGCAAGGAACGGAGACGGCGGGAAGCACGGGCAGGCUGCGAGCUCCCGAGGCCCAGCGAGGAGGAAGGAUGAUAAACGUGGUGUCCGUGUGGCUGGUGGCCCUUUGCUUCCAGGCUGCUGUCCCGCAAACUACAAAUCUGAAUCUUCCUCCUGAGGACCUUGAUUCAUCUGGUGAUGAAGAUGAUACAUUCUCAGGUUCAGGUGCAGGUCCUCUGACUGACCAGUCUCACACCUGGAGAAUCCUAGGAGAACCAACUAAUUCCUCAGUACUGGCAACACCAGUGGACUUCAAUGAGCAGCUAUUUCCCGGGAUUGAGAGCCGAACCGAAAAGGAAGCAGUAUCUCCUUCUGCAACUAGUAAUCUAGUGACAGAGGAACCAGUUGUAGCUGUGAAGGACGAAGUAGCUGUCCUGGGCUCACCUGAUGGGAAACCAACGAGUGAUGUGGUCACAACAACAGUGAGAAGCCCCACUACUCACUUUCCUUCAGUGGUUCAUGUAACUCCUUCAGAAGCCUCAGAUGUAGUCCAUGAGCUCGAACCUAAAAUCCCCAGCUCUCAUGUACCAGACACUAAAGAUGUCCCUGAGCCCCACUCUACUGUCCAUCAUGAGGGAGACAUCACUGCCAUCCCCACGACGACAGCUCCAAAGGAUGUUGUUCCUACACAAGAGGAGAUUUCUGAAGAUGGCUCUGGAGACCCAGGAGACUUCAUCUUGACUAAAGAUGAGGAUUUGGUUCCCACUCAGAACUCAGAAGUACUGGCUGACUCUGGGAGGAAUGCCAAAGCAGCAGGAGCCUCAGGAAUUAUGGACAGAAAAGAAGUUCUUGGAGGUGUUAUUGCUGGAGGACUAGUAGGCUUGGUGUUUGCAGUGUUUCUAGUUGCAUUUAUGCUGUACAGAAUGAAGAAAAAAGACGAAGGCAGCUAUUCACUGGAUGAACCAAAACAGUCGAAUGGAGGAUACCAAAAACCACACAAACAAGAAGAAUUCUAUGCAUAAACACUGAUCUUCAGGACACUUCUUAAUCCAUCUUUCUUGGAUUCUUCUCUCCCUGCACGUGGACCUCCUAGUGUACUUUGCAUUAAAUUUAAGCCAUACGAUCAUUGGGUUAUUUGCCCGUACCACUUUGCCAUUGGAAAUCUUAUAACUACAAAGUAGAUCUGGAUUCAUUGAACAUUCCCUGCUUUCCUGCACGAUUUUUUUUUUUUUUUAAACAGAAUUGGGACUGCAAGUUCCUAAACUCACUUUGGUUUAUCUAGAGACUGCUGGAGCAGGCGGUGGGGAGAAGACAAGGGAGCACUGUGUGUAUAGAACUAUUGAUAUUUAGGGAAAGGGCUAGCAAGAAUAAACAAUUAUCAGUGCUCGAAUUCUGUAUAGCAGGGAUCCUUCCUAUUUAACUCAUAGAUGUGUUUUGAGUGUAACAAGUGUCUGUACUGUGCAGACAUUUGGUAUGCUGCAAUGCUCUAGCUCUUUAUGGCCGCUGUAUUUGGAGCACUUAAUGCCUAUUAAACAUCAAAGUGAACAUGA